AUGGGGAAGAAGUUGGUGAUACUCAGUAAUUCCUCCAAGCGGUCCCCAUGGGUGCUGAAGGAGAUCCCUAAGUUGGGCUUGGAUGCUGCCGCUUUCCUGGGAGCCAUCACCUCCGGUGAAGAGGCGUGGAAGGCCCUACGAGAGCGAUCUGGGCAGCGCUGCGUGUGGCUGUCCAAAGUGGACGGGAGCGGAGUCACCGACUAUUUGGAGGGUACCGGCGUGUCGCUGGCUGAUGUGGAUGAAGCAGAUUUCAUCUUGAAUGGUGGUACAGCCGCUAUCAGGACUCAGGAUUGCAUGUGGCCAGUGGACUGUGAAGAGACGGGGAAUUUGGAGCCCUAUACAGAGCUCUUCAAGUUGGCCAUCUCGCGUGGGCUGCCCAUGAUUUGCGCGAACCCCGACUUCCGCUCACCGGCGAAGCCGGGCAAGCGGCAGGAAUAUUGCGCGGGCUAUGUUGCGCAGCAUUACGAGGAGUUAGGUGGCGUGGUCCAGUACUUCGGAAAGCCUCACAGCCCUCACUUCGAAGCUGCCCGCAGGUUCUUGGGCGACGUGGCUUGGAACGUGUCUGGCAGUGGGUCAAAACAGGGGGAUGCUGGUCAGAAUCGAUUUACCAUGGUUUACCAGACGUGGCCAAGCUUUACCAGGACUUGGAUCUUCAGGUUUUCACCCACUUUGGCCCUGGGGCUCCUGGUGGCUGCGUGCCACGUGGGUGACUCCAUGAUCCACGACGUGGCUGGAGCUCGUGCGGCUGCACUGCCGGUGGUCUUCGUGGCGGGAGGCAUUGAGCACCAGGAGACCGGAGACCUGAAGCGCAGACUGGCUAGAGUUGCCUACCAGGAGCUGGGCAUCGAGCCGGGGCAGACGCCCACGCCGGACGCCUUGCUGCGUUUGGCCGAGCGGUAUGGCAUCCAGCCGCUCGUGCAGUUGGGGAGUUGGGGAGGCCAGACCAUGUGGUGCCGCUGGCCAUGUGGAAUUGAAAAGCGCAGUUGGUGCUGCGGGGCGUGCGAGGUUUACUGGUCCGAGCGCAUUUUGGGAGAGCCGCUACUUGCGCGAGAUGUGGAGCGACAGGUCUUACACCUGGGCAACGGCAACUCGCCCCUGCCGGAGGAUAUGUUCGAUGCCGGCUAUGUCCAGCAGACUGCCGUGGACAUCUCAGAGGCUGCUAUGACCCACAUGGAAGCUCGAAACCGUGGCUGCCGACCUUCCAUUGUUUGGAAGGCUGCAGACUGCCGAAGAUUGGACAUUCCCAGCGAUAGCUUCCCAUUGGUGGUGGACAAAAGCACUCUGGACGCCUUUUUCUGUCAUGACCAGCACGCGUUGGCCAUCAUGGAGUUUGUGAAGGAGGCCUUCCGAGUCACUGCGGUGGGCGGAGCCUUGAUCUCGGUCAGCAUGCACCGCCCCAAGUCGGUGCUGCCUUGGCUGCGCCACAAGGCCUUCGCGUGGAAUGUCACCACGAUCCCCAUCGAGGAUGGGCAGCCGAGCGCCCGCGCCCGGCCCAGGUGUCAUGCAUACAUUUGUGGCCCCAAGCGCUGUGAGGCCCAGAAGUCCUUGGAGGUGCAUUGGCCCCGGCUCUACGCGCAGGUCACUGAACAUCCAGAUUCUGACCUUUCAAGCUCCAGUGCAUCCGAGGACUCAGAUGAAGCGAGGACUGGCGAAGCUGUUCCACUUGAGGAGAUCUGGAGUGAAAAAUAUCGCGGGAGCGAGUGGGACGUGUUCAGAUCAAAGCGACGUGUAUAUAGCGACAUUGGGAUUUUAGAUGUUCAUGGUAGGCGGUAG